UUGUCCCUAAUUUACUUCCCAUCCACUUCACAUCACUGUAACAAGCCCGCUGUCGGAGUUUAAUUGCCGAGACGUUGUCUAACAUUGUCAUUCAUUAUCUUACAGCGGACACCGUGCUACGCAUGGCAACAGUGAUAAAUGUACCACCCCUUAUGGAAACGGGAGCUUUAGAAAUACCUUUAUUGGUGCUUUGAUAUGAUUGGGUAUUUCUGAAUACGGAUCGUGUGUUCCCUCUGGUUUAUAUAGUCAGACGAAGCAGAAAACAGAUGCUCACAUCUACUGUCUGGUUGAAAACACUUCCGACCUCGAACUGUGCAUUUCCUGAGGCUUUCACAUUGUGGAGUUCUGUUUAAAUAUUGUAUGAUAUUCAACAGCGAUGGUCCGAGAAGAGCUCCUUGUGUUCAUCGUUGGAUUUACGAUGGUGUGCGGGUCGGGGAGACUGUCCCUCCGCCUUCUGUCCUUCAACAACCCCGGGGGUAAGGGCAACAACGGCAACUACUGCGACGGGUUCUCCAUCUUCAAACACUCGCCGUGUGACCACCAGUUCACCAUAUGCCUACACACUGUACACGGGUCCAUGGACCUGAACAGGUGCCAGUAUGGGCGGGCGGUGACUGGCGAGGUCAGGGACCAGGAUCGGACCACAUUCGGGAGAGAUAUCGGGGGUGUCAGGAACCCUAUUGUGUUUCGCAUGACAUCACUUCCGCCUAGACUACGAAUCAAAGUUGGAAUAUGGGACGUGGAUAGCAGCAACGCAUACGACUUUGUUGACAUCAUGGCGAGUGACACGACCUUGACCCCAAGUCCAACCGAGGCUGGUUCCAGAGCCUCCCGACUUCUGAUCAAGAGAAGAAGCUCUCUGAUUGUUGACGUCAAAUCCUACUGUGAUCCCAACUACUAUGGCGCGCAGUGUUCAGUGUUCUGUUCUCCCAGCACCAAGGGGCGGUACACCUGCCACCCGUACACUGGAGCCAAGACCUGCGCACCCGGCUGGUACGGCAUGAACUGUGAGGUCAACGUGGAUGACUGCGCGAGUAGCCCUUGUCUAAACGAAGCCAUGUGUAUGGACAGACAUCGAGGAUAUGUAUGUGCGUGCGCAGAUGGGUUCUUGGGUCAACGAUGCGAGACAAGGAUCAACCCCUGUCUGUCCGAACCUUGCAGCAACGGUGGGCUUUGUGAAGACACUGGCAGGGGUUUCACGUGCAACUGCCCGGUUGGUUGGGCGGGGCAACAGUGCACAAUGGACAGAGACGAGUGCGCAAGCUACCCGUGUCACCAUCACGGAACCUGUGUCGACUAUGCGGGAAGUUACGAGUGUUUGUGUUUACAUGGCUACACUGGCCGACUUUGCGAGGACAACAUCAACGACUGUUUGAGCAGCCCCUGUAUCAACAACGCUACCUGCAUGGACGACGUAAACAGCUAUCGUUGCGCAUGCGCGACAGGAUUUACUGGACGGUCUUGCGAGGUCAAUAUCAAUGAGUGUUUAAGUAAUCCCUGCGCCAACGGCGCUUCCUGCGAAGACGACGUAAACGGAUACCAUUGCACAUGCGCGAAUGGAUUUGUUGGGGAAUUCUGUGAUGAAAAUAUCAAUGAUUGUUUAAGAAACUCCUGCGCCAAUAACGCUUCCUGCGUAGACGACGUGAACGGCUAUCACUGCGCAUGCGCAGAAGGAUUUACCGGGCAGUUUUGUGAGAAUAAUAUCAAUGACUGUUUAAUCCAUACCUGCAGAAACAACGCUACAUGCGUGGACGGAGUAAACGAGUAUCUUUGCGCAUGCGCGGCUGGGUUCAGUGGUAAAUUCUGUGAGGAGAAUAUCGACGACUGUUACAGCAACCCCUGCGCCAACGACGCCACCUGUAUGGAUGACAUCAACGGCUAUCGUUGCGCAUGCGCAUCAGGAUAUUUUGGCGACAACUGCGAGUUUGAAGUCAAUGAGUGUAUCUCUGAUCCUUGUCAAAAUGGAGGAACGUGCUCCGAUAGCUUAAACGAGUUCUCCUGCAAAUGUCCAGACGGAUACGAAGGCAAAUACUGCGAAAAUAGAACUAACCCAUGCGCCAGCAACCCAUGCAGUCACAACGGAUCAUGCCACGCGAAUACCACUGACUUUACUUGUGAGUGCCUGUCUGGGUACACUGGCACGUUAUGCGAGGCCGAGGAGGACCCGUGCGUGAGUCGGCCAUGUUGGAACGGGGCCACUUGUACCAGUCUAGGACCCGCGUUUACUUGCAGAUGUCCCCGCGGGUUCACAGGAUCCGCAUGUGAAGUCGAGGUCAACGAAUGUGACUCAUCCCCCUGUCUGAACAACGGUACAUGCGUUGAUGAGGUGGGCCACGUGACGUGUAGAUGUAUGGAUGGCUAUUCGGGACACUUUUGUCAGAUUGAUAUCAAUGAAUGUUCCUCAAGUCCUUGCCACAACAACGGAACAUGCGUGGACAGGAAGGGAUUCUUUAACUGCACAUGUGAUGAAUUUUAUGAAGGGAUACGUUGCGAGAUUCCUAUUCCCGCAUCCUCAGUGCCUGAACAGCCUCUGGUCUCCACACAGAGCAUGACAGCGACUUCACAAAGUGCCACCUCCAGCAUCUCAACACCAGGGCUUAUACACGGCGACACGGAAUCCUCUACGGCUUCAUUGACAGCCUCAUCUGCAGCCUCCACCUACGCUGUAGAUUCGAGCACGGACGCUGGAGGUCGUAUCACGCCUACCCCGGCGUUAGAUUCCAGCACUGAUAUCAGUACGGCAGCCAAUAGACUUGCCUCAGAGAUAUACCAGACCGCAUACACCACCAUGGACCUCACAUCCGCCAUCUGGCCCACGCCAGUCAGUAGUUGGACCGAGAGUUGGGCCACAGAGACUUCUCAGAUGACUGUUGGGAACGGAAGUGUCUCUACGGCAGAAGAGACAGCGCCGCAUGACUCUUGUUUUCCGCUUUACCUCGAGGGGAAACUAGGAACGAAAGAUGAAGAGGGUCUUAAUGAAAAGAUGACGCGCAUGCUCAGAGACUACGCUGAUCUGAAUGGCAAUUUCAGUGUCAGUUGUCAGUUCGCGUAUUUCAAAGACGAAAAAGGAGGUCCGGUCACUGAGGUGACGCUGGUCAUCACUGUUGAUGGUCAGUUACUGGACACGUCUCAGAUGAGGGAGAUUUGCAAGAAAAUACCCACUGAAAACCUCCUCGAUGGCUUCCCCCACAAGAUGUAUCUCGGCUCGAGGUUUCCGAUGUCAAGUUCAGCAGCUCAAAGUGACGAUCAGGUUUUAGGGAUGCCAACCGUCGUCGUGAUCGUGGUCGGGGCGGUAGCGGGUUUCCUUGCCAUUACUGCAGCUGUCAUUAUAAUUAAGUAUCGAAGCCGAUGUCGGUCCAGCAGGAUCACAGAGCCAUUGAACGCGGAUUCCGAUUCGUUCGGGCACUUCGAGAACCAGAUGUAUAUGCAACCUCACACCAUCACCGUGGCGGAUAGAGCCACGUCUAUAGACUAGGCCACGUGGGUUGGAUGGGGGAGGAGCUUCCCGAUAACCAAUCAAUAACCAGCCAAAGAAGUCACCAAAUCAGGGGUUGCCCUGUCGAUGUGUUUACAUUUUGUAAAAUAUGCCGUGUAAAUGAUUCCGCUCUCGAUAAUCCAGGUUUUAUAUCUACCCCCUUGAGCUAGAUAAAUUCUGUGCAAGGUUUCUGAAACAGAGAUAUGGAAAUGGUAACGUUACUUAUGAAUAUUUUGGAGGAUAUUUUUCGUGGUGAAGACAGAACACACAAUAUCGUAAAAAAUAUCCCGAACUGUUUUGGUUCAGUAUGUAAUAAGAGGACACGGGUGGCCCAGUCGUCUGAGGCGCCCUGAUUCGCUGUGCAGAGUUGCGUCCCUUGGGCACGCCAGAAACCUAUGAUUGUGGGUUCGAAUCCCGGUUCGCCCUGAUUAUGUUUCUAGGUUUG